ACGACGCGAGAGUUACGAGUGUGAGGAACAGCCUCAAUUAUUUAAAAACUUUUUUAUAUUUUACAAUGUUUUCUAGCAAAUCAAGUGCCUAAAUGUUUUAAAAUAAAUUUUUGGAUUAAGUGUAAGUGUAUUAAAUGCUUUCGAGAUGUCGAAGAAUAAAAUAGCUGCUCGUAUCGACAGCCAAAGUGUAGAAGUUAAAACUAAGUUCGAUGCAGAGUUCCGUCGCUUUGCUCUCAGUCGUACGGAGAAGUUGAAGUAUGAAGACUUCAAGGGUCUGAUAGAGAAGUUGCACCGUCUACACGACGUCGCCUUUCUAAUCUCCUACACGGACCCUAGAGACGGUGAUCUACUGCCGAUCAACAAUGACGAUAACCUGGCCAGAGCGCUGCUUACCGCGAGGCCGCUACUCAGGGUUAUCAUACAAAGGAAAGGGGACAGUCUCGAAGAACUUAAUGGAUAUGGUACAAUGCGACCUAGGAACAUAAUCUCGUCUAUCCUGAGCGGUACACCAGCGAAGAACAAAGGACUGGCUAUAUCUAAUCCACACGACUUUAGAAUGGUAUCGGCAAUUAUUGAUGUAGAUAUUGUGCCAGAGACGUGUAGAAGAGUGAAACUCCUCAAACAUGGCUCUGACAGACCUUUGGGAUUCUUUAUCAGAGACGGUACAUCAGUACGUGUAACACCGAACGGUGUGGAACGUUCCCCCGGCAUUUUCAUAUCGCGGCUAGUACCCGGUGGUCUCGCGGAAUCCACCGGUUUAUUGGGCGUCAACGACGAGGUCCUGGAAGUUAACGGUAUCGAUGUCUCCAACAAGACUUUGGAUCAGGUGACGGACAUGAUGGUGGCUAACUCUUCGAACCUGAUAAUAACAGUCCGUCCAGCAAACCAGCGCGCUGGCCCUCCGCCGCCAGAGACAGUCUCCCGCCACUCGCAGCCUUCCAGCGAGCAUGAUGAUGACAGAUUCGAUCAAGAUGAACAGGAUGAGAUAGUAGACCUGACAGCUGUGACCUUGGAGGACCAGAACCCUGAACCCUCCGCAUUUCAUAUCCCCGUCAAAGACGACGGUCAAGUGCUACAUCUUUAGUAUAUACUUGAUAGGUAUCGACGCGCGAGGAUACAAGCGAUUUUAGACCAAAACAACUAAGAAAUAAGGUUUAAAAUCACAGAAUAAAGAAAAACAAUUUUAGACUGAAACAUACCUACGCUGCAGUGAUUCUUAGAAGACAAGCGAUUUUAAACUAAAACAUCGUAGUAAUUAGGACUAAAAUCGCAUGAAUGCAUUCCAUAGUACUACAGGCAUUCCAUACUAAAGAAAGCUCAAUACAUUUGGUGCAGUGAAAUGUUUAUAUUACAAGCGAUUUUAAAUCAACAUAUCUAAAGAAUAAGGCCUAAAAUCAAAGAAAGACAAUUACUACGAUGCAGUGUAAUUUUUGGUAUAUCAAGCGACUUUAAACCAUAAUCUCUAAGCAAUUGGUCACAAAAUCGCAAGACAUUCCGUAAUCCGUGCAGUGAAGUGAUUCAUUUUAAUAUUUGCGUGUUGGUACAAACGAUUAUGCGCUUUAUUAAUAUAGAGAUACGUGUCAAAAUAGUAUAUGUCGUUACGUCACAAUAUCGAUUGUAAGUUAGCAAUAAUGAAAGCAAUUAUUUCUUUUUAAAUUUUAAA